UCUGUGGACUUACUAAAAGCGUACGCGAGCGCUCUUUUCUGUCCUGUACCGAGAACCACGUGUGACUGAACGGUUUUUCACCUGCGCCACUCUCCCGUUAUCAGCUUUACUGUAAAAACCAGUCUUCAGUCAUGGUCAAGCUUGCAAAGGCAGCUAAAAAACAAGCGCCUCCGAAGAAAAAGGCCCCUCCGCCUCCCAAGGAAGUGGAAGAAUCCGGUGACGAGGACGAGAUCGAGGAUGAAGAUGAAGAAGAGGCUCCACCGGUUAAAGCUGUAGCAAAGAAGAAAGCGACGGCAAAGGCAGUUAAAAACGGAAAGGCUGCUGCCAAACAGGAGAUUGAAGAAGAGGACGAGGAUGAUGAUGAUGAUGAUGAGGACGACGAUGAAGAAGAAUCUGAAGAGGAAGCUCCUCCCCCAAAGAAGAAAACUCCCGCAAAGACGCCCGCCAAGGCAACUCCUGCCAAGAAAGUAGCAUCUGCCAAGAAGGCGGCACCACCACCACCUCCUGAGUCUGAGGAGGAAGAGGAAGACGACGAAGAAGAAUCUGAGGAAGAGCUGCCUCCACCUCCUAAAAAGACUCCUGCCAAAGCUGCAAACAAAGCCGCACCUGCAGCCAAAGCACCUGCUGCAGAAGAGGAGGAGGAGUCUGAGGAGGAAGAUGAUGAAGAUGAGGAUGAGGAAGAGGAAAUGGACACAACUCCAGCACCCAAAAAGGCAGGAAUGGUGAAGGCAAAGGAGGAAUCAGAAGAGGAGGAAUCAGAAGAAGAAGAGGAGGAGGAUGAUGAUGAUGACGACGACGAUGAGGAAGAAGAGGAAAAGGAUGAAGCCCCAGUAACUCCAGCAAAAAGGAAAGCCGAGACCAAAAAGGAGCAGGGAACGCCGCCUGCUAAGAAAACUAAAACCGACGGUGCAAGUUUUAGUCUCUUUGUGGGCAACUUGAACUGUAAUAAAGAUUACGAUGAAAUUAAGGCAGCACUCGCAAAGUUUUUCUCAAAGGAGGGCCUUGAAACUCUGGACGUCCGACUUGGCGGAUCCAAGAAAUUUGGCUACGUUGACUUCGCAACCGAGGAAGAGAUGCAGAAGGCUUUGGAGCUCAGUGGCAGAAAGCUGAUGGGUCAAGCGUUGAACAUCGACAAAGCCAAAGUCAAAGAAUCCGGCAAUGAUUACAAAAAAGAGAAAGAUUUACGCACUUUGUUCAUAAAGAACCUGCCGUACUCCAUCACGCAGGAGGAGCUGAAGGAAGUCUUUGACGAGGCUGUUGAAAUCAGGAUACCGACGUGCCGGGAAUCUGGUUCAGGCAGAGGAAUCGCCUAUCUUGAAUUCAAGUCAGAGGCAAUCGCAGAGAAGGCAAUGGAGGAGGCGCAAGGGGCAGAUGUUCAGGGUCGUUCUAUCAUCAUAGACUUCACUGGAGAAAAGAGCCAGAAGGGCGGCAGAGUUGCUGGUGCUUCUGCAAGCAAAGUACUGGUCGUAAACAACCUAUCGUUCAGUGCGUCUGAAGAGUCCCUCCAGAGUGUGUUUGAGAAGGCCGUGUCCGUCAAAAUACCAAAUGUCAACGGCAGAGCAAAGGGAUAUGCGUUCGUACAUUUUGAGAGCGUGGAGGAUGCCAAGGAGGCGCUGGAGAACUGCAACAACACAGAAAUCGAGGGCAGAAGUAUCAGAUUAGAGUUUAGUCUGAGCGAUAGAGAUCGAAUGGGAGGAAGAGGAGGCUCUGGACCUUUAAAAACCCUGUUUGUCAAAGGCCUGUCAGAAGACACCACAGAUCAGUCUCUGAAAGAGGCUUUCGAUGGAUCCACCAAUGCCAAAAUAGUCACAGACAGAGAUACCGGAUCAUCAAAAGGGUUUGGCUUUGUAUACUUCGAUAGCGAAGAGGACUGCAAGGCGGCCAAAGAGGCCAUGGAUGACGGAGAGGUAGACGGAAACAAAAUCACACUGGACUUUGCCAAGCCCAAGGGUGAGGGCGGCCGAGGAGGUGGCAGGGGCGGCCGAGGAGGCUUCGGUGGUGGUUUCGGAGGACGGGGUGGACGUGGCGGACGGGGUGGUUACGGAGGCCGAGGAGGCGGCAGGGGCGGCGGCUUCAGGGGAGGACGUGGAGGAAGGGGCGGCGGCGGUGGCUUCAGAGGAGGACGAGGCGGUGGACGAGGUGGAUUUGGAGACAAACCACAAGGAAAGAAGAUUACUUUUGAUUAAAGUCUAACUGAACUGUUUCCAUUUGCUUAAAUCCACAUUGUCAGAGCGUUUCUAGGACAUUCCAGAAAGCAUCAGUAACUGUACAGUGCACCCCCUCCCCAAACCCUCGUUCCACUUUCUUUCUUUUUUUUUUUUAACUGUGCGAGUUCUGAAACGUCCCAACCAUCUACGUGAAAAUUAAAUGUGAAUGUUGUAACUAUGCUCUGCUGGUUUAGGUACAUGUUGUACAUGCGACAGUUUGUUGGUUUAAUUUUUUUAUUUUCCUUUUUUUGUUAUGGUGUGCAUCUCUCCCCUUCCAUCCCUCCUACGUUUUAUUUAAUUUUCACAUUUCUUUUUAAGUUUGCUUUAGGUGCAAGUUUAAUGUGCAGUACCUUUUUAAUGUGCAAAGCAUAUUGUAACAUAUACAUGGAAUUGACGCCUGUUUAGUAUUUAGAGAUGUAAAUCUAUUUGAAACUUAUGAAUGAGAUUUAAGAUGGCUAACAAGCGUGUUGUACGGCUAAUGUCAAAUUAAGUAAAUUUGACUUGUGACUGAGGGUUUUGCUCUUCUUUUCCAGUUCAGAUUUUUCAUAAUGUAAAGAACCAUUUUGAUUAAACAUGGUUUUUAAACUCUCUGGUUUGAUGUGCUUUGACUGUACGAGUUUAUUUUGUUUCCUGUGUAUUUCGUUCGGUCCUAGCAGAACUGGUUGAACUGAUGGUUUUUAGAUGUUAAAUCCCUUCCUAAAUUGACUAUAAUCUUUUACUAAUUAACUUGAAUGAAUGAGAUCAAGCUGUCCAUCACUGCGGUAACCGGAGCAGUGUGGUGUGUGUGAAGUUGUUUGGCGUAAUUCGUUUAGAAAAGCAGUUGUGUGAAGUUCACAAUUAAAGGUUCCUUCAUGACUUA